CACAAAACAUCAGCAGAGAAGAACGUCAACACUGCGAAAACGGUGAAAAAGUGAAAUUUUUGUGCUCGACCAGGAAAACCCCGAACUUUUCCCGUUAGUUUCCAGUGAAAUGUUUGGACAAUUGUAGGCGCCGGAACAACACCAUGUACUCGGAGUGGGCCUCGCUGGUGCCGACCAUCACGGACAACAUCCAGUCGGUGCAGUCGCAGAGCGUGCUGGGAAAGUUCGGAAUCGCGGGUGGGCGUGAUGUGGCAGCCGUGGUGGUGAAGCAGUUGGCUGGCAAUCUGGGCAUUACGAACGCGGCGGAACCGAGCUCGCUGAGCAGUGACCAGGAGGUGCAAUGGUGCAUGGACGUGAUCUGUCACGGGUUGAGUCUUCCGCUGGCGGAGCACGACAUCAUCAAGGAUUGUGUGAACAUUUACUGCGAGUGGAUUACGGCGCUGAAUCCGGGCGUGCCGAAGAUUAGCAUUCCGAAACCGAUUUGCGAGUCGCCGAAUGAGUUUGGGAGGAAAAUUAUAAAACAUUUGUACAAUUUGUUUGUUCCGCGGCCCGGCGAAGACUGGCCUUUUAUUUAUCAAGAGGAUUUAGGUUCCGACACAAUCAACCGACAGGCGGUCUUCUGCCACCGAGUUCUGCGAACCCUUCAGGACACGGCCCAAAAUUCGCGAAUUUUGACGGUAGAAACGUGGGAAUCGUUGCUGCUCUUCCUGCUGGCCAUCAACGAGAUUCUACUGGCGCCCCCGAUCGUGAAGGACGACGUCGGAGAUCAGCUGUGCGAGCGAGUGCUGAGCGUCCUGUUCGAGGUGUGGCUGCUGGCCUGCAAUCGGUGCUUCCCUUCGCCGUCGCUAUGGAAGACGUUCCAGGAAUCGUGCGCGGCCUGGCGUCACCGGAUUGCCCUCGUCGAGCAGUGGAACCGGGUUAAUUUGGUGCUGACGGCGAAGCUGCUGGAGUUUACCUAUGGGCCGGCCUUUCCGGAGAUGAAGAUACUGGAAGAGGACAGCAACCUAAUUCCGGCCGGUAUGACCAACGACGGGAUUGCCCAGUCUUGGAUUCGCUUUCUGAAGAUCCUCGGCGCACCGACCGAUUUGUGCUGCCCGCAGGUUAUCAGCCGGACGCCACAGUUCAUCCAGGCCGUCCUGCUCAACUCCGACGGAAUCGAGCCGCAAUACCAUCCGUGUUUGCUGCAAUUGCCGCAGAUCUUCCUGAAAACCAUGAAAGGAAUCGCCGGACUUGUGGAUGCUUUCCUAGGCAUAACUCAGUACAGGCAGGAAGAUCCGGACAGUGUUGGCCAGCUGCAUUACGGGGUCGGCGGUGGCAACACGACGCCAAACAUUAAUUUCAGGCAUUCCGGAGGGGAGAUCAAGCAAAGUCCGUCGAUUCGGGCCACCGGCGGCAUAGGCGGGCUGGGCCUCGGGGCUGCGCUCGGCGUGGCCGGAAGUGGCACCAGCAUCAAUAGUCAAAGCGGCGAUGCACCACCUGUGACGACGGCCACCAACGUGCUUAGCAACUUUAUCAACAGCGUUUCGCACGAUGGUCAGUUUGGAUCGUCGGGUGGCGGUGGAGACGGCGGAGUUCCGAACUCGCCAACGCCACCCCUUCAGCGGCGGCUGGCCAAAAGCUUUAGCGUGGCGCCGUCCAUUUCCGCCCACGCGGUCAUUUCCAUGUCACACCAGGCAAAGGGUCUCACAAAGAGUUCGUUCAGCGGAUUGACCAGCAGUCGCAACGCGAACCAAUCGAACCCGGUCCCACAGUCGGCAUCGCUUCCCUCAUCCGGAUUUUCAUCAAUGCUGUCCUUGUGCCAGGAGAACCGCGUUCCGCUGGCCACCAAUCGUCCCCGGUGCAACAGUAUCCUGCACCUGUUUGGGGAGUGGCUCUUUGAUGCGGCCCACAUCGGUGGAGAAACCUGGAUUCAGAAUAUGAAGAAACGUGCCGCCGAGGCGAAGCGCCGCCCCUCGUCGAUGAUCAUGGACAACCGCAAGGGCAGUCUGUCCCAGCCCCCGUCGCUCUCGGAAAUGAGCGACGUCCCGCCGGGACUCACCAUCGACAAGUACGAAUCGGGCAAGGCCGAGGCGGUCGGAGCGCUGUGCCGAAUUUUCUGCGCCAAAAAGACCGGCGAGGAGAUCCUGCCGGUGUAUCUGGCCCGGUUCUACAUGGCCCUCCAGCAGGGACUGAAGCUGAACGACUCGAAGGAGUGCGAGGAGACGCUGGCGAGCAUUCUGUACAAUUCGUCCGAUCUGUUCCGGAUUGAUUUGGAGGGAAUUCAGGUGCUGCUGCCGUCGUUUAUUGCCGCACUGGAGCUGAUAUUGCCCGAGAAGGAACUCCGCAUGCGAUCGCAAAACGUGAUCGUCAACAAGGUCGAGCUGCGUCGGGCCGCGAUCAACGUUCUGCUGUCGAUCCUGUCGCUUCCGUUGCACUUCCAGACGCUGCCGAUUCGGGACAUUACCGCAGGGCCUGCUGAUAAAAUGAUCACAUUCAUUCAGCUGAAACCGCGCUUGAUCAACAUCCUGAUGAACGCACUUCAGGUUGAAAGUGAUGCCCAAAAUACGCACAUGCUUCUCGGAGGACUUCAUUUGUGCGUCCAAGAUUCGGGCAUUUUUGAGGAAACGGAACUUGGUCCCGACGGUCUGCAUACUUCCCAGCAAUCCAACGAUGCCAAUCUUCUCAGUUCAGCCUGCUCGGAGAAGAGUACGUACUCGAUCAAUAGCGCCAACUCGAGCAUCGGGAACAAUAGCACCGCCACGCUUAGCAAUGAGCCCUCUAGUUUGCCGGCUUUCGAUGAUUUCCCGUCCGAAUUUAUUCCUGAGUUAGAGUUCAGUUCGUCUGCAGUUUAUGACAGUGGCCACGCUUUGUUUGUCCGCGCCACCUACCUGGUUUGCCACCGGCUGAUCUCCUCCUGGAAGACCGACCUGAACGUGUCGCUUGCGGCUCUGGAGCUGCUCUCGGGGCUGGCCGCGAUGCACAUCAAGGACUCGGACGCGCUCGAGUGCAAGCGGGCGGUCAAGUGGAUCUGCGACUACAUCUGCUACCAGUGUUCGCGCCCUCCGCCGGCGCACAGCAAGGACCUGCACAGCACGAUCGUGGCCGCGUUUCAGUGUACUUCCGCGUGGCUGCUGCACCAUCCGUAUCUGCUGCAGGACAAGGAGUGCUUGACGACGGUGCUGGAGGUGGUUGAGCUGGGGAUUUCCGGGUCGAAGAGUGUGGGGAAGCCGGGUGAGCCGGUGAAGCACAAGGACGAGAAGGAGUUGAAGCCGGCCUCGAUGAGGGUGCGGGACGCGGCGGAGAAUUUGUUGACGUUGAUUCUGGAGCAGAUUGAUUACUUCCCGGACGAGUGUGGCAAGCAGUCGCUGUCUUCGCUGCUGGACGAGGUCGUGCUGGCAAAACAUUCCAACACAAAUGAUGAGGACACUUCGGAGAUCAAUCAGGAGCAGGCGAUUAGGAAGUUCAAGUACUUUGUUACGGAGAACUCUACAAUUUUGGCACUGUUUGAGGAACCACUUGGGAACGACCAGGAUCCCCAACCAACUGUUACAAUUCUAAUCCGAGGACCGUUUGGACGACACGCUUGGACCAUGCAGCUGCGUCACCUCUCCCGUAGUAAAUCCGGUACAAAAUAUCACGCCCCAAAUCCUGGUCGACCAGUCCCCAUGAACGACAUCAUGAUUCGGCAGGAAGUGGAAUACAAAUUCUUCCCCGAUUCGGUGGACCGCAUUCCGCCGUGCGUGGUCGACUACUCGAUCCCAACGUUGGACACAACCGAGCAAAAGAUUGGCAAUCAGUCCACGAAGCAUCUGGCGCGUCUGCUCGAGGAUCAGCUGGUGUACGAGAAGCUGUCCUGGGCACAAACGGAGUGUUCCGUUGACGGGUUGGGCCACGCCCAGGAAGCGACUCCGCCAAACGUUUGCCACGAGUUUCAAGCGGCACGACUGUUUCUCGCCCACUUUGGGUUCCUCUCGAUUGGUCAAAAUAACAACGGCCAGAAGUUGUUGACCGCGCUGGACACGACCAAGCCCGAGUUUUGUCUAGAUUUGAAAAUUCUGGAUAAAAUGAGUCCACGAACUUGCGACACGAUCCACGUGUUUUACGUGAAGGCUGGUCAAACGUCCGAGCAGGACAUUAUCGGCAACAUGGACUCGGAGAAUCUGGCCAGCAUUGAUGUGCACUUUUGGAACGUCCUCUACACUUUGGGUUGGCCGGUGAACGUCGAAGAACACGCCGGUUGGACAGGGUUCGUCAACACCAGUUGGAAAAUCCCGAAAGAAAGCAAAACCCGUCGCAAAUCCCAAUCGUUCAACUCUUCCAACAUCGAAGAUCUUCAGCUGAACGGCGAUAAGAAGGUCCUGUACUGGGCGGAUGUCGCUUCCGAGAUCGCAAUCGUGGUCCCCAACCGAAGCAACAAGAGCGAAAUCACGCUGGAAGACACGCCAGACCCAAACCCAAUCAACACGACGUACGAACGCAGCGUCAGCGAAAUUCAACCUUCCAAGGCGGCCUCCAGCAAGUCACGCCAAUUUUCCCUAGAAAACGAACCAGCCCGGCUCGGUUCCAUGAGCAGCCGCUCGGCCGAUCCGAUUCCUCCGGUACGACGCCGCACGGGAGCCACCAAACCAACAACCCUCUACACGGCUCCAACCGCCAAGAUCCUGCUUGUUUGGCUUGAGAGCUUCGAGGACCAUCUCACAUUCCCGGUCGACGACCUGCUGCACUACACCCGGGCAGGCUAUUCCGUGUCCCAGGGUGCGCCCGUCACUCCGCUCAACUCGAACGAGUGCCACGUCAUAUUUUUGCAUGCUUUGAACUGUGGCCUGUUGCGCGUCAAACUGCACGGUCCAACCGGGGGUCGUAUGAUGCAUGAUGCGCUUCCGUUGAUCGACGGGAUGGUCGUCAGCAAGAGGGUCAUCGGGUCGUUGAUUCGACAAACGGCGUAUAAUAUGGCUAAGCGAAGGCGGUUGGAUAAUGAUUCUUAUCAACCGCCCCACGUGCGUCGCCGGAUCAAGGUGCAGGAGAUGAUGCAAAAGUACAAGAAAGAUAUGACCGAACCGGAACUGCUGGCGGAUCUCUUCAAAGCGUCGAUCUAAGCUUUUACUUAAUUGUUCUGAGAAAUCAAAGUAUUAUUAUUUGUGUUUCCCCUACUUUCCGUUUCCCCUCCUUGUUCUUAUUGGUAGUAUGUUUGUAACUGUAAAGUCUCUUUAUGUAUGUUUUGUUCGCU